AUGGUUCCCCCGCAAACUGCUGCUAACAAGCCCCACGUCUGCCUAACGGCGGUCCUCAUCAUGACCAGCCUGGCACUGAUAGAUGCCUACCUGGUGGAGCAGAAUCCGGGUCCUAGGAGGAUCGGCGUGUGCGUCACCGUGCUGGCGGGAGACGCAUGUUUCCUCAUUGUGCUGCGAUAUGUUGGCGUCUGGGCUGGGUCAGAGGUGCACACGGCCAGGCGAGGCUACGCCAUGAUCCUCUGGUUCUUCUACAUCUUCAUCCUGGAGAUCAAGGUCUACUUUGUAUAUCAGAACUACAAGUCUCAGGACGUGAAUGUAGAUGCAGAGAUGACAGAUGCGGCUGUGUCCCGGAGGGCUCUUACGUUGCUGUUGUCUGUCUGCAUGCCCAUCGUGUUCAUAACACUGGCAGCGAUAGAUCAUUUGGAUUACUUACGGUCGCAUAAGAAAAGAGAGGAGAUAAGAAGUCGUCUCUUCUGGGUGGUGGUGGACCUGCUGGACGUUGUGGACGUUCAGGCCAACCUGUGGGAGCUUCAGAGGGAAGGGCUCCCCCUGUGGGUGGAGGGACUGAUGUUCUUCUACUGCUACAUCCUCCUGCUGGUGCUGCCCUGCGUCUCCCUAAGUGAGAUCAGCAUGCAGGGUGUGAACAUCGUCCCGCACAAAAUGAUGCUCUACCCCAUCCUCAGUCUCGCCACCAUCAACGUCAUCACUCUGCUGAUUCGAGGGGGAAACCUGCUGAUUUACGGGGACGUCCGAGUGUCUGGGAUCAUGAUGGGCAAGAAUGUGGUCGCUAUCGUCGUGAAGAGCUGCAGCCUGGUGCAGUACAGAAAACAUCAGCCAGCUUCUCCUCCUGCAGAUCGAGGAGCCGAGAUGCAGAAGAACUCUCUGGGCGAUGUUCAGAUUUCCAACACGCAGCCAGUGGUGCUGCCUAGAGUCGUGAUCGAGGACUUCACCACCAUACCAGAGGAGGAGGAGGAGCAGGAGGAGGAGGAGAGUGAUGACAGUGUGAGCAACCAUGAGUGA